GAAAAUUGCCUUUCAGUUAUCAAAUUCAUGCAUAUUUUAUUCGAGAAACAUGGUUGUCAACUUACAUGCAUAUCACAUCCCGAUCCGAAAGGAAAAUUACCGUCAUGGUUAAUAAAUCGAGUGACUAAGGUUAUUGGUUCCAAAAUGAUCAAAAAAUUACAUAAGGCAUGCUUAAAUUACCCAAUCUGGAAAGCAAAUAAUGAACCCGAAUGGAAACCAUGGCUGUAUCCUGAGCAAAGAGCCAACACUCCACGUAUUAAUCUGGAUGAAUUCAUAGCAAUUUUUUUAGCUAUAUCGCAUUUCCAGAAAAAAUAUUUAUUUUAA